GCUGCCGGGCUCAGCCCGAGCGUCAGUGCGGCCUGGCGAGGCGCAGAGAGAGCAGGGACUCUCACAGUGCUCGCUGUUAACGCACAUCAUGUCCACUAGAAAGCGGAAGGCCUCCAGCUCGGAGGAGCCAGUGUGUGCGCUGUGUGGCCAGGCAGAUGUCGACCCGGACAUCUGCGGGCACACACUUUUCGAGACUGGGAUUCAUGUCCAUGAGUUCUGCUUGACGUCUGCCAACAUCACGGCUAAAGCAAGACCAGGAAUUGAGGUCCUCCCGCUUGCUGCCAUCGCACGCAAGGUCAGGCAGGCAAACAAGAAGCAAUGCUGUGUUUGCGGCGAGAGGGGGGCUGCCGUCACAUGCGCAGAGAGAGGCUGUGCACGCAGCUUCCAUCUGCCCUGUGCCAAGGACGGCGAAUGCAUCACCCAGUACUUUGGAGACUACAGGUCCUUCUGCUGGGAGCACCGCCCUCAACAGGCCACUCAGGAAGCUCCAGCACAAGGCACCAUCUGCCUCGUCUGCUUGGAGCCUGUGGGGGACAGCUUGUCCUACCACACCAUGGUGUGCCCAGCCUGCAAACACGUCUGGUUCCACCGGGACUGCAUCCAGCAACAGGCCUUGAGUGCUGGCACUGCAUGCUUCCAGUGCCCCAGCUGUCAAAACAAGAUUGUAUUCUAUGAAGAGAUGUCCAACAUGGGGAUCCAAAUCCCAUUAAGGUUGGUGUCUUUCUGCCAAACCGUCCAGAUGAGAAGGCAUGAAUGCUGGGCCUGCCCAGGGACUGUCUUGGCAGGCCUGGGCCUUUGCUGUCUCAUGACCAUGUGCCCCAGCUUCAUGGAGAAGCUGGAAAUAGGGUUGGGGUGGAUGAGAUGAAAUAACCUUGGAUCAUAUACUGGUGACACUAGUUGCUAAUCAAUUUCUCCUCCCUUCUCUUGUAGAAGACCAUUAUGGGAGGCCAGUGAUGCAUAUGACCCAUCUUUAGAGAGGCACAGACGCUGCGAUGCCAGCAAGUGCCUUUACCACGGAGGCAGAGAGCAUGCAGAGAGAAGGGGGUGAGUUACCACAGCAGCUCUCUGAGGCUCUGCGUGGCAUCUCAGCCUCACCCCAGGCUGG